AGCGUGGAGAAAAACUCAUCUGAAAAACAUGGAAGUCUUUGCAUUAAAGGUUGAAGAUCCAGGUUGCUUUUGGGUUACUAUGAAAGAAUGUGGGCCUUUCGUAGUUGAUGAAGUGGCAUAUAAAAAACUGAAUGAUGAAAUUAAUCAGUUCUAUGACAAAUCUUACAAAGAUGCACAUGAAGUAAAGCCAGUAAUGGUGGAAGAAGGCCAGGUUUGUGUGGUUUUCAGUGAGGAGCUCAGAUGUUGGUGUAGAGCAGUUAUUAAGUCGGUCAUGUACUGUACAGAUAAUUAUCAAAUGGAAUGUUUCCUUGUGGAUUAUGCAAAAUACAUUUUUGUUAAAUCAAAGGACAUUCAAGUUGCUAUGGAACCAUUUAUGCAGCUCCCAUAUAGAGCAAAAAAGUGUAGACUGUAUCGCACAAGGCCAGUGACAUUGCGUAUUGACUUGUGUGAAGAGACUGCAAAAAUAGUACCAGCCAAACGAUGGGAUAGUGCUGCUACAUGGUAUUUUCAGAACCUUCUCAAAGCUUCUACCCAUAUGACAGCCAAGUUGUGUGCCAUAGAAGAUAACACAUUUGAUGUUUUCCUUUAUGUGACGAUAAAAGAUGAAAAGGUAUGUGUUAAUGAUGAUCUUGUCUCGAAGAACUUUGCUCGUUUUGAGGAAGCUGAAGAGAAUACAGGGAGUUCUGCAGAUUAUCAGGAGAAUCAAACCUCAUUAAAUGCUGAGAGUCUUCCAUUGAAAAUUGUUAGUCCUGCACUUGCUUUCAGGCCAGUGCUGUUUCAGAAGAAGAUACCAGCAAAUCUUGGAACAGGUCUUCCUGUUUCCAGUUCCUCCCUUGAAGACGCACACCAAAGGUUAAGCGCAGAUCCAGAUUUAAAUACUGUGCCGGUUGUCAAAGAAGUUCCAGAUUUGCCUUUCAAGGAAAAUACGGAAGUCCACACAGACAAGCUUCAGCAGUGCUUAAAUUCUGAUCUUCCGAAGACAAACAUAGUAGAAGAUGACCAACAGAGUUCUAAAAAUCUUAGUGAAGAAAGAAACUUAGUCUUUCUUAGCAACAAAAUCGAGCCAUCAUCAAGUCUGGAAACAGCACCACUCUUUCAUGAGCUCAAAAAGGAACUUACUCGGAAACAGUUCUUAGGCCCUAACUUCACAGAAUCUUACUGUUGGCCUUCAGUAGCUCGAGGAUGUGAUGUAGUUGCUAUCUCGUAUCAGGGAAAUGAUCCUUUCAUAUAUGUUCCACCACUACUUACUUUACUGCAGUUGGAAGGUUGCUACAAAGCCUUUACAAACAAGAGUGGACCACUAGCACUUAUUUUAUGUCCUGGGUGGAAGAAGGCACAACUUGUUUUUGAGCUGCUGAAAACAUACGAGAGAUGCUCCAGACAGUUUCAUCCGAUGUUGAUAAUACUUGGGCAGAACAAAGCAGCAGCUAGCAGUGUGAAAAUACAAGGCUGUGAAGUAAUAGUGACUACACCGUAUAGCUUCCUGAGACUGUUUGAACAUCACAAUUUGUUUUGUCGACUUUGCCAUCUUGUUCUUGAUGAGAUGGAGGUGCUCUUUUCUGAUGCUGCUGAACAGGUUUUUACCAUAUUAGAUUGUUACAAGAAAGCCACUGCUAGUGAAGAGUGGGAGUAUUCACCCCAUCAGAUCAUUGCUGUUGGAACUCAUUGGAAUAAACACAUAGCACACUUGAUAAAGGAGUUCAUGAAUGAUCCUUAUGUUGUGAUAACAGCAAUGGAAGAAGCUUCCAUCUAUGGGAAUGUGCAACAGGUUGUGCAGCCUUGUGUGAACAGUGAGAGAAUUUCUGUGUUACUCAAAAUACUGGAUUUUACCCACAAUAAUCCUCAGAAGGUGCUGGUAUUCACUAAUUCAGUAAAUGAAGUAGAUGCAAUUCAUGAGGCACUGAAGAGCAACUCAAUAUUUUCCUUGAAAAUACAUAAAGAGAGCAAUUCCAAGUAUGUCUUAGAGCAGUGGACAGAAAAGUAUAAUUCUGGCAGUCCUGUUCUGCUAGUCUCAACAGAUGACUGCAUGCAGUCUUUGGGAAUUACAGAUGCAACUUGUGUGAUACAUUUCAGUUUUCCUUCUUCAAGAAUCUUUGGUCAGCGUCUACACAGCAUGUCUGACAACUUCUCUAAUGAUUCCUCUGCAGAUCAGGAACAUACAAAGGCAAGGUCAGUCAUUUUACUCACAGAAAACAGUGACUGUCAUGCACUUGGGAUCCUGCGCUUUUUGCAGCAUGCAGAAGCUGAAAUUCCACCAGAACUGCAUGAUUUUACUGCCAAGAUGCUAGAAGCUGAAGAAGAUAAGAAAUCUUCAAGGCCACUGUGUGCCUAUCUUAAAACAUUUGGGAUUUGCAAGAAUAGAACAGCUUGUCCAGAUCGUCAUCAAAUUAAUAUGCAAAUGGAUAUACCCCAGAAUAUACCUGAUAAAAUUCUACAGGCACCUGGAUGUGUGACAAUACUGCCUCUCCACAUUGUAAGUGCAACAAAUUACUUUGGUCGAAUAGUAGAUAAGGAAAAAGACCAAUACACAAUUCUUGCCAAAGAAAUUAAUGAGUAUUUUGAGAACCCAAGUAACAGAAUUUCUGUUAAAGAGGUGAAGGCACUAGCAUUGUAUGGAUUAUGUGAGAAAAGACUUUUUCACAGGGUUCAGGUGUUAGAGAUAUAUCCACAAGAAGAGGAAAAUCUGUUCUUCAGUGUCAAAAUUAAAUAUAUAGAUGAAGGCAGAGCAAGUCAAGGUCUGAGCUGUCAGCUGCUUCAUUUGCCUGCAAGGUUUCAGUGCCUGCCACCUCAGGCUGUGGAAUUUGUAGUUUGUAGAGUGAAACCCAUUGAUAAAGAAACUGAAUGGAACCCAGAGGUAACUCAUUACAUAAAUCACAAAAUCAAAGGAAAACUGCAUGAAGCAAAAAUAGUACAUACCUUGGGAAAUACAGCUUGGAUUGACCAAAUGGUUCGCAUAACCAGGCUGUCAGAGUUGAAGAUAACAGCCAAUGAAUACAAUGUUCGGUCUGAGAUUUUGUCUACAGGUUUGGGAACUGACAAUCCAGAACAUAUAACGCAACUUCAGAAGUUGUGUGGGCACCUGAAAUUACUAGAUCACACAGAGAACUUAGACUCUUUAAGCAUAAAGGAGGAUACAGCUGAUCCAGAGAACACGUCCAAUGCAGAAAACAUGUCCAAUCCACAGAACAUGUCAGCACAAGAAAACUCUACAGAAAACUGUAGUUCUUCUAAGAUUACUUUCAGGACUCACUCAGGUGGUGGUGUACGUCAAAGUAAGGAUGUAGAAGACACUACACUGCAUCAGCGCCAAUGUUUUCAUCCACAAAUAAAGUGGUUUCAAAAUGAAGAGACGGUUACAGUGAAAGUAGAAAUAGCAAGCACAGCUGACCAUAAAUGUGAGUUCUCUAAAGAGAAGGUGAUUUUCAGUGCUUGUUCAGGAGACAAAUUUUAUUUGGCUGACAUGGAGCUGCAUCAGCGUAUACUUGCAGAAAAGUCUACAUGUGUGAUAAAGGAUAAAGAGGUUGUUAUUAUUCUUGUGAAAGAGCAAAAAGGAUCAUGGUGCAAAUUACUGAAGAAUAAGAAUAAUCAUGUGUCUCUUGAUUUUGAACACUGGGAAGAUUGUGAAGAUGACAGCCCUUUUCCAGGUGGUACUAAAAAAGUGUAUUGCACUGGUGCAGUAUCAGAAGAUUUGGUUGACUCCUCAGAAGUCAGUGGAACAGAAAGUGAUGACUAAUUUGGAUACAGUUUUUUUUCCUGUGAUAAGAAUUAUUCUUCAAAACAGUUGCUUGCAUGAAUAUUUCCAGUAAAAUUGAUAAAAAUAAAUGCAUAAGUUGCAGAACUGUCCUUCAUUUUAGGAGGAAACUAGUGAAUAAACUAGCCUCUGGGCUCUGAGAACCUAAAGAAGUACUCCUUAGAAGAACAUUACAUAUGUGUUCUGGUGCCUUCACUUUAAAAUCGUUGGCUUUAAUGUAAGUGUGCUGUCUAAACAGUAAAAUCUAAAGAAUUGGUUGAAUUUAUUAGGAAUUAAAUUUACUUGGGUUGAAUUUAUUAGUAAUUACAGAGCUUCUGGUUUACUUUGAGUGAAUUUGCUGUGUUAGCUGUAGUUAGUAAUUUGCCAAAGUUUUCAAAGUUUUUAAAAUUUGAGUAUGUCAGUUAUUUCUACUAUAUUCAUACUAUUCAUAUGUAUCAGCUUGUUGGCAAUCAUCACAUUUGUCAGUUCCGCAUGAAGAAAUUACACUGCAAUUCCAGCAGCAGUUUUUGUUACUUCAUUGGAUAUAUGUUGACUUGGUAUCAAAGAUUGUACAGUGCGGUUUGCUAUAGUAACUGCUGCAAAGCUUCUGUGACAGUAAAUUUAGUAUUUGUUUGACAUUUUGAUUUCUUACGAAUGCUCUUACUUUUUUCCCUCUGAAUUUAUCUGAAAGUCGUUUCUACUAUGCGAAUGAACAAUAAAAUCUUGUCUGUUUAGCCUAA